CAACUUGCGCUGCGACCUUCAACUGCCUGCGCUGUCGUCAUUCCAUCUCCCACAUCUCCUCUUCCUACUGCUUCCUACGACAGUUGGCACUGUACCAACAGCAACUUCCUACAAUCACCACUACCGCGCAUCACCCUCCGAUACACAUCUCAGCCACCUGUUCGCUACUGCGUGUCGUACUCCCCAACACCUCUCCAUGCCAUCUCCGCCGACUGCCGCUUCGAUUCGUUCUUCCACCACUACCACUACCGCCAUAGGAGCGCAGCAAGACAAAGACAUUCCCCCAAAGGAGCUUUGAGCCACUCUAUCAGGCAACAUGACUUCGAAUCCUCAAACUCAGACGCAUCUUUCACCCCGAGAUGAGAAGCCUUUUGCCUUCGGCUACAUGAUUGUACCCGACGGUGGCGCGAAUAUCCAUGAUGCUGCUGCUCAAGAGCGAGAAUUCCAAAACGAGAUUGCAUCUCUUAACGAUCUCUUUGCCGCAGAUCCCUACGCAGGAAUCGGCCCGGAGUCGUCAAAUCCCUUCGCCAAUCUAGCCUCUCAUGAUCCCAGCACUCAUCAAUUUACAUUCACACCUCCUACCGUCCAUGGAGUCGACGCUGUCUACUUUGAACCCACGACACACCUGUCUUCAAUGAAUGCUCCGUAUAUGGGCAUGCACAACCCUGCAUACGAGUUUGUGGGCUUCGAUCCAGCCAAUCCUUACACCCCGACUGGAGAAGUCACAAAUUCCUUUGCAGGUCUGAACAUGAUGCCCGGAGCUGUAUCCGCCCCGAGAAACCCAGCCGCGCCAGUCAUGAGCCCUAUAGACACCUCCAUCAACACACAAGUGCCACUGCAGUCAUCGCAACCUAAUGUCUCUUCUGUCAAAUCAUUCAAUGAGCCUGCAAGUCCGACACAUGUCGGGCCAACCCAAGACAACUUCUUUCUCCCAUACCCAGACGUAAACAGACGACAGCAGGGCGCCCCGUCAAAAGUCUCUUCCCUUCUAAGAUUCCCACAUUUCGGUUCCGACCCCGCUUUCUCGGAACGAUUCACACGACCUACUGAAUCUCCAAGUUUUGCCGAUGCUGUCGAUAAGCGUGAUCGGCUCACUAGGUUUGCUCUCGUCACAGCCGCAGCCAGCGAAGAGACUACUCCCGUAACGAGUCCUAACCUACGACGCCCAUCAGCUAUACAAAGCAUUUCGACACGCGGAGAGAGUGUUGACUCGGAGCAGUCUGCGAUGCAAGAUAUCAGUCAGCCGAAGCGUCGACGAAUAGGCUCAUCAUCCCAAGACACCUCUACGUCAGACGAUGAAAGGGACGAUAUGGGGGACGGUAUGAACCAACCCCAAAAUCGGCGCAAGUCUUCAGCGGGAAUCUCAGCAUCAUCACGCCGAAACUUGACAGAGGAGCAACGACGCCAGAAUCAUAACAAGUCUGAACAGCGUCGGCGAACCGUCAUCACUGAUGAUCUGACCUUGGUUCGCAAUGUUGUCCCGGCAUUGAUCAAUACAACGGCCAGCAAAGCAAUAGCCAUCCGUGAAACUUACCAAUUUCUCCACGAUAUUAUCGAAGGAAAUAAUGAGCUAGAAGACAUGCUCGGCACAGAAAUCGCGCGCGCUGGUCCAUAUCCCAGCGCAGACUUUACGAGGCCGAGCCCAAGUUCAAAUUUAGGGCCACCAUGACCAUACAUGCGAUACGGUCUGACGAGAUUUCCCAAUCGAACCUCAAUGUGUACUAUACCCGGCAUGGCGACAGGUGUACGAACUAUGAACGCAAUGGAGAAUCGGCUAUUUGGCCACCAAUUCUCCAUACACGAUCAAAGCAGAUAUUAUUCUGCACUUCCUGUACGCGAUUAACUGCCUCGUAACGCCGAGUCUACGACUACGUCACAAAUCGCUGGGUAUGCAAUUCAAACAGCGACACGACAAUUUCUGAAGUGAAAAAAUUGCAUACGUCACUGUCAAGGCUCGUCGGGAGGGGACAAAUGUAUAGAGUCGAUGUACGUGAUUCCGGAAUCUCAUCUGCAUGAUGUGCCAAGGCUCCCUCGGAACACGGCUGCGAUCAAGCACAUGAAUCGCAGUGAGCACAAUUUCGUGCCGUAAUCGUCCCGAUCCUCUCUCUCUCUCUCUUGGGAUCGCUGCCUGCAAC